AUGCCAUUAAGCCCAAAGGCUUUCAAGUCUGAAAUUGGGCAAUUGGGUUCCAAGUUCCAACCACCUUCAUUUGCUGCAGUUUUACAUGGGGUUCCUGCGGUGAGGGAGAAGAGAAGCAUAUAUUUGUUGCAGAGAGCUGCCAUGAAGAAAAUAGUGAUUAAAGUUUCUAUCAACUGCCAAAUCUGCCAGACCGAAGUGCUUAAAGCUGUUGCUAAGCUUACAGGUAUCAAUGAGUUAUCGGUGGAUAGGGAGAAGGGAACAUUAACAAUAAUAGGAGAUGUUGAUCCAGUGUGUGUAGUUAACAGACUUAAAAAGAUAAAAAAGUGUCCGGAGAUAGUGAGUGUCGGACCUCCGAAGCCGCCGGAACCUGAGAAGGAAAAGAAAUCAGACCCUCCUCCGCCCCUUCCUCCGUCAUGCAAGGACUGUCAGCUUGUUGCGGUGGGUUUCUCACCCUAUCAAUACAGGAUGUGUUCCAUUCUCUGA